CAGUGGCAGCUUGCGAAAUUGGCGCUAUAUCGCAUUAAAAAAACAGCAUGAAUUGAUUAUUGCUUUCGCUUUGUAUGGAAUGAAUCCAAAUGCGUCCGUCUUUGUUCCUGGUGGUUACGCCUUUGAUACAGGAGUGUCCAAGCAGUUUGUCAAAGAAGCAAGUGUUUCGACAUUGCCACAAGUGGCGUCUACUGAGGAGGAGCUUCAGCGUGUUUUGAACCACUUGGCUUCAGAGCAUGUUUUGGCGAUUGACUGUGAGGGUGCCGACCUCUCCAAAGGCUGUUGGUUUCUCCAAGAAUGCCAGCUCACGGCUUGGCAACGUCUCCCGACGUUUCACUUCGUUUCAAGACACUGCCCUAGGCCAAACAAGCUGCAACAUGGCAGGCUUUGCUUGCUUCAGAUUGGCACCAUGCACGGCGAGGCCUUUGCUCUGGAUAUUCUAGAGUUGGGCGAACGUGCUUUUGAGCUUGGGCUUCGUGCGCUCUUGGAAGGUGAGCGGCCAAUCAAGGUGGUGCACGAUUUCCGUCAGGACAACGAUGCCCUUUUGCAUCAGUUUGGUGUCCAAAUGAGGGGGCUCUUUGACUGUCAGCUUUGCGAUGUCAUGCUUCGUCGACUUGGUGGUCACAGGACUGGCUAUGUCACAGGAAGCGCAAAGCUUUUGAGUUCCCGGGGCAUUCUGCAAGGCUCUGUACAAGGUUACGGGAUCUUGACACAGGAGCAGAAGCAGGCCAUCCAUGAUCGCUUUUCGCGGGAUCGGCAUCUUUGGGAGAGGCGCCCAUUGCCACAAGACAUGGUGGAGUAUGCCUUGGAGGAUGUCAAGCCCAUGCUGCAGCUUCAGCGGCUUUUGCUUCAAGAGUUGGUGGAAGCGCUUGGAGAGCAGGAUGCUUGGCAGCUUGUGAAGGAAGGAUCUAUGGCCUAUGCAGCAGACUUUGCUUCACAGAGAGAAUGCCGCUGCCGACUAUGCUGCAAUGCCGCCGAAAAUGCACGAUUUGAUGGUUUCCGCUUCAUGCAGCGCCUCCAGGCUUUGCCAUCGCAGCGGCUUAACCCGCACAUCUUGCGGCGGAUUUGGCGGCAGGAGGAUGCGCAGCCCUUGCCACUGCCUGGUCCAAGUCGUUUCUAUGUGAACGAAGCAGAUGAGUCAGUCCCUUUGCCUGUCAGCUGAGUAGAUAGUUUGCAUCCCACCUCAUUUCAGCUGUGUGCUGCAGUGCCUGGUGGUGCUCCGUCCCAAAAGAGAUGCAGAGUAAUGCGGAUGUGGAAGCGAUGUCAUUUAGCUCUUGCUCCCAGCUUGAAGACAAAUAGAUGAACAGACUGCAGACUAGACCAAGAUGGCCGAAAUAGGGCUUCGCAUGGUCAGGAUUUGCCUUGCGCUCGUGACAAAAAGCGGUUGGAUUGACGAUUGCCAGACAAUUGCACAAGUUCAAAGUCUUCAAAAUGACAUGUGCACCUCAAAAGUGUCCAGUUCUAUUGCUGGAGCAAGUGCGGCCGUUUUCGCACUGUCAAGUAAGAGCUGAAGCAACUGCUCAACC